AUGUUGGAGAAAGGGCUCCAAGCAGAUGUCUGGGGAUCUUGUGGUAGGCCUGCUGGCGCUUGUGACGGAGUUUUGAAGCAGACUGAGCCAUGUGUGCUUGAGCUGAUUCGACCUUACAAGUUUUAUUUGGCAAUCGAAAACUCGAAUUGUAAAGAUUACGUGACGGAGAAGUUCUGGAAGUCACUGGAUGACAGGAUGACUGUCCCAAUUGUAAUGAGAAGACAGACGGUUCGAGAUCUGGGAGUUCCUGAUUCGGCGUACAUCGCAGUUGACGAUUUCGAAACUCUUCCUGAAUUCAUCCAGUAUGUUACGAAAGUAAGCAAUGACAAAGAUUUAUAUUUGAAGUAUCACGAAUGGAGGAGAGAUUAUAAGUGA